AUGUUACUAUCACCGGUAAGUUCUUCCUCGGGUGAAAUGUCUGAAAAUAUGGAAGACAUUUCUCUUGGGAAAGAACCGGUCAAAAUUCCUUUGUUAUCCGAAAGAUCGAACGAGUAUCUGCCAGAAUUUAACUACAUAACAGAGUGCAUUGCUGGGCCUGGAGCAUGUAUAGACAUUGGGAAACCAUUCUAUCCAGGGUGCUGCUGUGAGGAAUGUUUAGUCGAGGAAUGUUCCUGUCUUGUCAAGUAUGGCUCCCCAUAUCACAAACAAGAUGGCAAGACUCUCUUGACAAGAACACAACAUGAUGGAAUAAGCCAGCCAAUAUUUGAAUGUAACUCACAGUGUAACUGCGACUUGUCAUGUUACACCAAGCUAGUGCAAAAGCUCAUCCAAACAAGACUUGAAGUCUUUAAAUCCAAACACAAAUUAUGGGGACUGCGAACUCUAGAGCAUAUUAGCCAAGGUCAAUUUAUAUGUGAAUAUGCUGGUGAGGUCCUCUCAUACAAAGAAGCAAAGAAAAGAACAAUAGAAGGAAAAGGCAGACCUAAUUAUAUUAUAACCGUAAAGGAGCACAUCUCGGGUGGAAAGAUCCUAAGAACGCAUGUUGAUCCACGCAUUUAUGGGAAUGCUGGCCGGUUCAUUAACCACUCAUGUGACCCAAACCUUGUUAUGGUCCCAGUACGGGUUGACUCAUUAAUUCCCAAGCUAGCAUUGUUUGCUAGCAAAGAUAUUUUUCCAAAUGAAGAGCUUUCAUUUGAUUAUUCCGGUGGUAGAUGCGGCCUUCCAAGCUCCUCAUGUGCUGACGAUCCUGCUUUGUGCCUCCCUUGCUAUUGUAACUCUAGCAACUGCACAGGAUUUCUGCCAUAUGAAGCAUCAUUGUUUUGACUAGUGUAUACUACAAACAAGGACUUUUUUUCUUUUUGCCAGUACAAUGUUCUACCACUAAAGUUGUCAUACCUGUCAACCAUACUUGGACAGAAAUCAUGUGAAAUCGGGUGAAAUGCAGUAAAUAUGUGAAAAAAAAACCCAAGAGAGCCAAUGCAGGCGAAUACAGAGAAUGUAUGAACAUUCUCACUAAAAUUAGGCUUGCGGUAAGUUGACAGCUAUGAGUUGUAGAAAAUGCGUCAAACCAGAAAUAUUUCUACUCCCUCCUCUCUAUCUCUAAAAAAAUAGUAGUAAUAAUAAUGAUGAUGCAUCAGAACAUGAAAAAUAAUAUUGUUAUAUCAAAUUUUUCAAAAUUCUCGAUGUUAAGAUAUCUUGGGAAAUUGACAAAAAAUGUUAAUCAAGAAACAUUAAUUAUAUUCAAUGUAUUAUAUUUUGUGAUCUUAAGGGUGUACUGACAUCUGUUGCUAAGGAAAAUUGAAUAUAGCAUAAAAGCCUUGUAGAAAGUCAUAAGGGUCUGAUAUUUGCCAAGUUGACCAACAAAAGUGUGCUGACUAUUAUGAUGAAGUUACCCCGUGACUCAUAAUGUGACGUCAUAGAUACAGAAAGAAGCAAAUAUUUCAAGUAAAAUUGCUUGAAAACAAAUAUUGAAUAAGUUUUAUAAAUCUUGAGGGAUGAGUGCAUUAAGCCAAGCAUGCGUUUAGAAAUUAUUGAGUAAUAGUUUUUUUAUGAUUUUUCAAAGGUCCUAAAAUCAAGAUUAUUUGAUAUAAUUUUGGUUUCUGUUAGAUUAACGCUAAAUCCAUGCUUGACUAUAUGAAGGGGAUUUUAAUAAAAAGGAAUACAGAAAAAAUAUUGCGUUUUUAAAUCAUUUUUCGACAAAAAAAAGCUUUUUUUAAGAAAACGCAGAACCGGAAGUGAAACAAAGCCCGUGUGUGCACAUUUGGCCUGCUCACACACACUGAUAUCUCACAUGAUGAAAUUGAAAUGAAGUUUAAAAACAAAUUCCAAUAGUGUUUCGUGGUAUUUCCACUUCAAAGGAGCGAUAUCCGCCAUGUCAUGAUGGAAAUUGAAAAAGUAUUUUAAAAUUCUGAUACAGCGCGCGCUACUUUGAAAUAAGAUUUUCAGUGCAUGCGCGAGCGUUUGCAACCGGUGUUUGCAGCGCGCGCAGGUAGUGAAAAUUGAAAACUUUCGCUUUAAAAAGGUUGGCUUGACUUCGCUGAAUCUUCGUUUUUACAAAAUAUGGGAAAUAUCAUAACCCGAAAAGGCUGAGAUUAACUUAAAGUCAAUCUUGGGUAACUUGAAACGCAUAUUUUUUGUUUUGUAUAUGCGCGCGCUCAACGCCACCAGCGUAGCAGCGUCGUUACUGAGCAACACUAAUGUCAGUACACCCUUAAAAUCACCCAAAAGUAUGAUGUACUUCGGUUUUAACGUUUGUUGCAUUCACAAUAUAAGAUUGUAAAUG